AUGGAAUCCCAGACCUCAAAGAAGGAUGAGCUAGAGCUUGUGAUUUCUAACGCUGCCGCCAAAGAAACGGGCACGGUACCAGGUGAAUCUAUCAGAAUCGAUCCGUGCAUCGAGAGAUCAGUACUCCGGAAGUUGGACUUCAAACUUCUUCCCGUCCUUUCGUUAAUGUACUUCUUCAACUCCCUUGAUCGAAGUAAUCUGGGGAACGCGAAGACGGAUGGUAUUGACCAAGAUCUCAAGCUGGUUGGCAAUCAAUACAGUAUUAUCCUUGCCGUCUUUAAUGUUACAUUCUCCCUGUUCGAUCUGCCCUCCAACCUACUGCUGAAGAGGUUCAGCGGUAAAACCAUGCUUCCUAUAAUGAUGCUUGGCUGGGGUAGUGUUACGCUUCUUCAAUGUGCAGCAUUCAAUUUUGCUGGUAUGCUCGUAUGUCGACUCUUUAUGGGUGUAUUCGAAGCAGGCUUUUUUGCGGGGGUGAUCUUCUACCUGACACAAUUCUAUAAAAGAAAUGAAAUCGCCUUUCGCCUCUCUAUAUUUUACGGCAUGGUUACCAUCGCAGGUGCAUUUUCCGGCCUUAUCGCCUUUGGUGUCUUUCAGAUCAAACAACAUCUACCAGGCUGGAAAUACCUUUUCUUGAUCGAAGGCGGUGCGACCAUCAUCAUCGCUACAUUCGCAGCCUGGUGGCUCCCCCUCAGUGGCUCCAAGUGUCACUGGUUCAACGAAGCCGAAUCCCAAGUGGCACAGAUGCGUCUCCUGCAAGAUGGGUCUGUCCGUACAACAGAUCACCUUUCCAUCACAGACGCUCUGGCUGCCCUGUUGGAUUGGCGGGUCCUCGUCUGGGCCGUCAGUUGCUUUUGCUUCGGUGUUGCCCAAAGCUCCGUUAGCAAUUUCCUCCCUCAAAUGGUGGCUCUCCAAGGCUACUCCGCAGUGAAAACAAAUUUAUAUACGGUGGCCCCGUACUGCGUCGGGACCGUGGUUCUCUGGAUCAUUGCCAAGUCGUCGGAUCAUUUUCGAGAGCGCUCCUUCCACCUGGCGGCCGCGUUGAUCAUCACGUUUGUCGGAUACGUUAUUCUCGCCACCGUUGACGCAAAUACAAACAAGGGGGUAGCCUAUUUCGCAUGCUUCCUCCUGGCGGCCGGCGCUUUCGUACCAAGCAGUAUCUUCCAUAGCUGGCAUACCAACAACGUCACCGAUGAGAGCCAGCGAGCAGCGACGGUGGGCUUCUUGGUGGGCGCGGCCAAUUGCGCGGGCAUUCCAUCAAGUCUGUCAUUCCAGGCAGAUACCGCACCAAGGUAUAUGCCCGCGUUGAUUGUGAAUUGUGUCUUCCUUUUGGUGGGUGCGUGUGUCGUGAUAGGGUUGGGGACAUGGUUCAGGCUUGAUAAUCGCAGGAGAGAUAAGGAACAGGGUGUACGACUCACUGCACGUGAUGUUGCGACCCAGAAUCUGGGAGGAGGCUGGAAGGAUCCCAACUGGAGGUGGACCCCUUGA